AUGAGAAAAAUACAUUUUAUAUUAGAUAAAUUUAUCAUAAUUUAUCAAAUUUACUUAGUUGCUUUGGCUCAAAAUGAUGGCACAAAAACUGGAAAUUUAAAAACUAAAAGAUGGCAAAAUAGAACAUGUUUAGAAGUAUUGGAAAGAUAUCAAAAUGCCUCAGCUUUGCUAAGCAUUAGCGUUGCAAAUGUUACUUUGGAAAAUUCCACCAAUCGUGGUGGUUAUGCAUUUGCACUUUUGGGAUUAAAAAUUUGA